CACACUUUACAACCUCAAAAUGUCGUCCGAUUCAGAGAAGGCCAAGGAUGAGCUGCAGAACGAGGUCGACGUGCAUCAUGUCGAGCUCAAAGGCAACUCCGAGCUCAUGCGGGAGGCCUUCGAUGCGGAGAAUCGCGAGCACGAGAUGGGCGUGUGGGAGGCGGCCAAGUUGCACCCUUGGGCUUGCUUUUGGGCUUUCAUCAUGUGUUUCACCAUUGUCAUGGAAUCCUUCGAUAUGUUCUUGAACGGUAAUUUCGUCGCUCUGGACGCUUUCAAGGAACAAUACGGUGUAGUCGUAGCGGGAUCCAUCCACAAGGCCAUCCCAACCCGGUGGCAGAGCGCCUUGUUCCAGGCCGGUCAAUGCGGCGCCUUUGUCGGCGUUUUCUUGGCUGGACCGAUCACCAACCGCAUCGGCUACCGCUGGACGACCAUCAUAGGACUGAUCCUGAUGAACGCCACGAUCUUUGUUUCCUUCUUCGCGAACUCUCUCGCCCUGCUAACCGUCGGCCAAGCUUUGGAGGGUGUUCCAUGGGGUUUCUUCAUCGCCAACGCUCCCGCUUAUGCCAGUGAAGUUGUCCCUCUCGCCCUGCGCGGUGCCUGCACAGCGACUCUGCAGAUGUCCUGGUCCAUCGGUUCGAUCAUCGUCGCCGGUGCCACUUAUGCCUACAAUAAGAGAGAUGAUGAGUGGGCCUGGCGCGCGCCCCUGGCCCUGCAGUGGCUCUUCCCCACCCCUCUUCUGAUUCUCAUUUUCCUGGCGCCCGAGUCGCCAUGGUGGCUGAUUCGUCGUGGCCGUCGCGACGAUGCUCUCCGGUCCAUCAAGCGCCUGGGCAAGGAGAACUCCGACGAAGCCCACCAGGCCCUUGCCAUGAUUGAGCGUACCGUCAAGAUCGAGCAGGAGCAGGGCGGCAGCCCGACCCUCCUCGACCUGUUCAAGGGGACCGAUCUGCGCCGAACCACGAUCACCUGUUUGAUGUAUGCGUCGCAGAACUUCGCGGGCAACCUGAUCGCCAACCAGGCUACUUUCUUCUUUGAGCAAGCCGGCAUGUCGUCGGAGCGCGCUUUCCAGCUCAAUCUGGUCAACUCGUGUCUACAGCUCGUCGCCAACGCGGUGUCGUGGGUGCUGUCGGCGUGGUUCGGUCGCCGCACGAUCUACCUGUGGGGCACAGCAACCAACAUCACGCUGCUGAUGAUCCUGGGCGUCGUGGCCUCGAUCGAGCAAAAUGUGUCGACCAACUACGCGCAGGCCAGCCUGGGGAUCCUGAUCUCGUUCGUCUUCGCCGGCACGCUGGGCCCGACCUCCUACACCAUCAUCUCCGAGACCUCAUCCGUGCGGCUGCGUGCCCUCAGCACGGGCGUCGGGCGCGCCGCCUACUACGUCGCCGAGAUCCCCAUGAUCUACCUCGCCUCCCAGAUGCUGAAUACAACUGGCUGGAACCUCGCCGGCAAGUGCGGCUACGUCUGGGGCGGCACCGCCUGCGUCUGCUGGAUCAUGGCCUACUUCUUCCUCCCGGAACUCAAGCACCGCACCUACCGCGAGACCGACAUCCUCUUCAACCGCAAGGUCCCCGCCAGAAAGUUCAAGUCCACCGUCAUCGGUGUCGACGAGAACGAGUAA